UCCGAGUCUCGGGGCCCGGCUCCGGGUCCCCGAGCUCCACCGCGGUACUGGAAACGGACUUGGACCCUCUAGACUGUGACAAAUACUCCUGAAGCUGCCGGUUCAACUCCGCCAUGACUCCGAUCCGAGGCGUCGGCGAUAAAAAGAAGGACGGCAAGUUUGCAUUUGUGAUGACGGCCAGCGCGGGGGGAGGUGAAAGGUCACAUCUCGCUCUUGACGACAUGAAGCGACCCGACGGCGUCAGGUGCCCCCCGAUGAUGACGACGAUGGCGACGAUGGCGAUGAUGAUGAUGGCGGUGAUGGCGGCGAGCAGCGGCCGGGAGGACCGGCAUGACGGCGUGGUUCAGGACUCGACGCCCUCGGACGGAUCGCCGCUUUCUCCUCGGACCUCCUGGAUGACGUUCACCAAGAACUCCCAGGCGCAAAGUAAAAACUCCCGAAGAACGGCAAAGGCUGCUCCCCGGGGACCCCCCGUCCCCCCGCUGACCCCCGGGUCCAGACGGCGUCCGCAGCGGGUCCUCGACGACGUCGGCGGCGGGCUCGCUGGUACUGUCGCAAGUUUGAGAUCUCCUUCAUUGCAGCUAAUACGGUCGUGUCGAUCAACCGCAGGCCCGUGUGCUUCGUCUCCACCGGGGGGCGUGUCGCGUUGCCCCCCACGGGUCCCCGCCUCCUUCGUGGGGCUCCUCCGCCGCGCGGUGGAAGUGGCUCGCCGGAGCUUGGUGGAGCUCCGCCCCUUCACUCAGGCACGCGGCUACCGACGCGGCGGCUUCGACGUUAGCGACGGACGCUACGCCGCGACGUUGAGUGGCUUUUACCUGUUCACGGCGCGACUCCGCCUACAGUCAGGCGAGCGCGUUCACGUUGGCCUCGGCGAGAGCGUGAAGGCGGCCAUCUGCAUCGAGUCGCUUUGCCGCAGCAAGCUCUCCAUUGAAACGGUGGUGGGCGUGGCCAGCGUGGGCGGAGCCUUCAGCAUGACUUUGAGCGGGACGCUCUUCUUACAGGCCGGCGAGUACGCGUCCGUCUACGUGGACAACGCCACCGGCGCCCGCGUCAGCGUCGCGGCCGACUCGUUCUUCUCGGCGACGCCGCUGGCCGUCUGAACUCACGUCGCUUCCCGUUUGGCCGCCGCCGCCGCCGCCCUUUCCCCGAUGACGUCGAAUCCAAACGGGACCGCGCGCUCGAAAGCACUGAAAAGAAUUCCGUCAAACUCAAGAGAAGAUACUUCUCCCUCGAGCGUCCAGCCUCGUGUUUGUUCAUUUAGUUGUCCGUGCGCUCUUUCCGCGAGCCUUCAUCCAUCGUAGACACGUCGUCGUCAGCUGUGGGAAAUGAAUCAAGCGGGCAGGAUCGGGUCUUUCAUCAGAAUUGCACCCGAGGGGCCCUUUUCUUCCUAACGUUCACUUUUCCAAGCGCACGCUACUGACGACCGGCAUUGCUCGUGGGACAGCACGGCGGCAGGGGCGUGUCAAGACAACGCGGCGAUCUGAGCGGCUACCGUCGGACGAGCGACGGACAGGUCGGAAAGUUCCGUUGUACGCAUGUCAAAGAACGUCAACUUUCACGUGAACCAAUUCCCAAAGCAACCGCGCGCCGUCCACUUUUUAUUCGACGUCAUCGGUCGUCGGCUUUCCCGCCCGUGACCCCCCCCCCACUUCCUGUGACGUCACGCCGGCUGAGCGGUCCGGGCGCCGCUCUGCCCCCCCGGCGGCGAGGACGACGACGCCUUUCCCGCGAUUCGAGCGGCUCGGCUCGCUAACGUUUCUGUGCGCUCGUUUCAGCCGCGAGCCAAACAAGUCAUUAAAACAUCAAAACUUGCCAUGCGGUGCCAAAGGAAGAGAAGGUGAAGG